AUGAUUUUCGUUUGUCGUGAACAUGUGCUAGAUUGGAUCCGAAAUGAAGCUAGUAAACUUGGAUUUGGCAUUGUGAUAUUAAGGCCCGACAAUGGAAGUAGUAGAAGGAAAGCCUUUGUUUUGUUGAAUUGCGAGAGGGGUGGGAAGUAUGUAGGAAGAAAUCGGGUGUUAAAACACGAUGACACGGGAUCGAGAAAGUGUGCGUGUCUUUUUAAGUUGCGUGUAACUUGUAGGAUUGAUGGAUUGUGGCGUAUUAGCGUCAUAUGUGGAAUUCCUAAUCAUGCAUUGGAAACUAAUCUACACGGGAAACCAAGUGCGUGUCGGUUGUCUCGGGAAGUGAAGGAUGUUAUUUCUGAAUUAUCGACAAUCAAAGUUGCGCCGAGAAACAUACUUGUGGAUUUGAAGAGAAAAAAAUCGGAUCGCAUUUCAAAUAUCAAGCAAGUAUACAAUGAACAGUACAAUCUUACCAUAUAA